AAAACUAAAUAAAAGAUAAAUGCUUGACAACAGAAAGAAUCAAUCUCAGGUUCAAAAUAUAUUUGGCAUACAUCAGAAUGGAAUCAUUGAUCAUCCAGGAAUAUUUUUUAGAAAGAACCCACUAAACCUUGUGCAAUCCAAACAAAUACCAAGUCUUGAAUAAAAUAUUUAGAAGUACAAUGAAAAAAAUCGUCUUGUUUUUGUUUUUAUUUGCGGAUUCAACAAAGUUUUUCAUGAUUAUAGCUGUGGGUUCUCCUGCUAUGAUCAUGAGAUCAGAGCCAAGCCAAUGGAGAAGCAGGCUUCUGAGAAAAUGGAAACCACCCAAAAGGAAGCAGGAAAAAAGGGUGGCCUCCGAACUAUGCCUUUUAUUAUGGCAAACGAGAUAUUUGAGAAGAUUUCAAGUUUUGGGCUUCAUCCAAAUAUGAUAUUCUACUUGACGAAUGAGUAUCACCUGGAUAGUGCUAAAGCAGCCAUCGUCUUGUUUCUGUGGUCUGCUCUGACAAACUUUUUGCCCUUUGUUGGGGCUUUUCUCUCUGAUUCUUACUUAGGUCGGUUUAAGGUCAUCGCCAUGGGGACGUUGGUUACACUUCUUGGAAUGGUAGUUUUAUGGUUAACAGCCAUAUUCCCAAAAGCAAGGCCUCCACACUGUAAAUCACCUGGGGAAUUUUGUGUGUCAGCAAACUUUGCCCAGCUAAUGCUUCUCUAUUUUGCAUUUCUUCUCAUGUCAAUCGGAGCUGGGGGAAUUCGGCCGUGUUCCUUGGCGUUUGGUGCAGAUCAACUAGAAAAGCCUGGCAACCCCAAAAACCAAAGGACUAUGCAGAGCUUCUUCAACUGGUACUAUGCUACGGUUGGGGUUUCAGUCACCAUAUCAGUGCUCUUUAUGGUCUAUCUCCAGAACGCCGCCGGUUGGGUGGUGGGUUAUGGAGUUCCUGUUGGACUUAUGCUGUUUUCCACCGUCAUGUUCUUUCUUGGCUCUUCACUGUAUGUUAAACUAAUGGCAAAUAAGAGCUUGCUUCGCAGUUUGGCUCAGGUAAUCGUUGCUGCUUGGAAAAAUAGGCACUUGGAGCUACCCCCACAAAUUUCUGAUAAAUGGUUUUACCAUAAAGGUUCAAAGCUUUUCAUCCCAACGCCUAAAUUGAGGUUUCUAAACAAGGCUUGCAUGAUAAGAAACAAAGAGACAGACGUGGAUUCUAAUGGAAUGGCCAAAUUCCCAUGGAGAUUAAGCACGAUUCAACGAGUUGAGGAACUAAAAGCAGUAAUCAGAGUACUUCCCAUUUGGUCCACUGGCAUUGUAAUCAGUGCCACCAUUAAUCAAUACACCUUCUCCGCUCUCCAAGCAAUCACAAUGGAUAGACAAAUAACACCCCACUUCCAAUUCCCAGCAGCUUCCUUCGCCGUUUUCACAAUCCUAACCCUCACAUUCUGGGUUGCCAUCUACGACCAAAUCAUCGUCCGACUGCUUGCAAAGUUCACCAAACGAUCAAAUGGGCUCACUUUCAAGCAGAGGAUGGGCAUCGGACUGGCAAUCUCAUGCUUGGCCUCCGCAGUUUCAGCAGAAAUCGAGAGAAAACGAAGAAACAGAGCAUUUCAUGAAGGUCUAGCCAACGUACCGGGAGCAAUCGUGAAGAUGUCGGCGAUGUGGCUGGUGCCACAACACUGCCUGGCGGGGCUGGCCGAAGCCUUCCACGCGAUAGGGCAGAUUCAAUUCUUCUACUCGCAGCUGCCGAGGAGCAUGGCCAGCAUCGCAGUAGCUCUGUUUUCGCUUGGAAUGGGCGGAGGGAGCUUGCUCGCUGCCCUGAUUGUGAGCGUGGUCAAGAAGAAAACGACGAAGAAUGGAAACGCGGGAUGGCUUUCGAAUAAUCCGAACCAGGGCCAUUAUGAUUACUAUUACUGGGUGCUGACCUUGAUGGGUGUGGCUAAUUUGUUUUACUAUUUGAUUUGCAGUUGGUUGUAUGGAGAUGAGAAGGAAAUAAUGGAAGAGAGCAGGAUUUGGGAUGAUAAGGAAGCCAUUGAAGAGGAUGGAACCUACAACGCUUAACUUCAGGGCAUGUAUGAUUAUUACAUAUACUAUAGAAUGAAAUUUCCACUCCACAUGUCAAACAUAGUUGAUAAUAUAUAAUUUUAACUAGUUAAACUAUGUUAUAAGUGAGUAUAA